GUGGUUAUAUUUCAGCAGACCACACCACCCAUCCUGUUCUUCAGUGCUCUUGGAGAUUUUCUCGGGGAGCUUGGCAGUUUGUGAGGUCCAGCCAUGGACCACAACUACCCAAUGAAGAAACUGGGCUAUAACAACAAGGACUACAAGAGGACGAAAUCCAACAGCUGCAGUUUCUAUUUCAGGUACUGUCUCCUGUGCACCAGUAUCAUCCAGCUGCUGAUUAUCUUGGGGCUUGUCCUCUUCAUGAUCUAUGGCAGCACUCACAGCAACCAGCAGUCUCAGCUGAAGAGCACUCAGAACCAGUCUGCCAAGUUGAUCGAGGAUAUUGAGAAUCUACAAAGUACCAUCAACAAGCAAAAGAAGAAUAUGACGGGUUGCUAUUACUUGGCUGGCAAUCUCACAGAAAAACUAAACAACAUGAACAAGAGUUUGCAAACCUGCAUCCCCCGCAAGAAUCUUACAAGCCUAAAGUAUUGUUUACCAUACUAUUCCUACUUUCAAGAUUGCAUCUUAAAAGCAGAUUAUGACACCUUGAAGAGAAACUACUCCACCCUCCAAGACCAGCUGGCAAAGCUCAUGGUUGAACAAGAGCUCAAGGAAGCAAGGCAGAAAUUGGAGGAAGCAAGACUGCACAACAAGAUAAGUAACCUGCUUCUACAGCUGCAGGACCUUAAAGGAAACUGUACAUCUAUGAGUAAGGACUUCCAGACUGCACUGGACAAGGCCAAAGCAAAUUAUGAAUCAAACUUCAAAAAGCUGACCACAGGGGUGAGCUACAGCCUAGACCUGAAUGAUCAAUUGAAACGGGUCAAAGCCAACUGCACCCCACUUUCUUUAAGGUUUCAAAUGGACAUCCGGCAGAAGGUGUCAGAAUUUGAGAAAAACUUCAGCAGGGCGUGGCAGUUGAAUAGUGAGCAGAAGUCAAAGAUAGAUGACCUGGAAAAGAUGAACAACAAGUGCAAGCAGGAUGCGCAAACAAAAUCUGACGAAUUCACACAGAGAGAAUGGAAGCUGCGGGAAGAGAUACAAAAAUACAUGGAGGAGAGGAUACAGUUACUGGAGGAGAGGAACAAACUGAGGAGUCAGCUGGCUGCCCUGAAGGACAGAAAGCCACAGCUUCCCUUGUUAAGCCAAAGAGGCAUCCAACCCCUCAUAUCUUCCUGUCAGGCACAGGCGGAGGUCAUCAAUCAAAUGAAACAAUCGCUGGAUUUGAAAGACUGGAAUUUGAAAAGCAUGCAUCUGGAAGUAGAAACUCUGAAGCAGAGACUGAAAGAACAAGAAACCAGAUGUUUGGAAUGGAAGCUCUUGAACUGAAGGAACUCAGGAUAAACAGUGUGAAGAUGCCAUGAUCUGCAUGAAGUCAGAGAGCAAAACCUCAUCAGUACCAACACAUCCAGUGGAAUCCCCUUAUUCUGGCACUUGCGAUACACACUCCAAUCAAUUCCUUAGUGUCCUGUGUGGCUGACAGCUCUCAUAGUUCCUGCAGAGCACUGUCCAUUGGCAAUCUAAUAAUCUGAUAAAUGAGAGUGGGGUGGGUUACAAGGAAUUCUUCUACAAGGAGCAUGGUUGGAGCUGUGUUUUAUUACAGAAAAUUAAGGGAAAAACCAUUGCACCAUGUAAGGUAAAACAAAAUAAUUAUAGCGUGCAGAGGCAGCUACAGGAUAAUCGGGAGAUAGCAGUGGGAAUUCUUGAAAUUUGAUUCUAGACCUUGGGGAGGGAAUGGGUGGGGACCAGUGGGAUUAGUUUGGAAUUGUUGCAGAGCCAUGGGGAAAGGGGGCAUGGGAUUAAUUUGGGAUUGAUGCAGCACCGUAUAAAAAGAGGGUGAGGCAGUGGGAUUGGUUUGAAUUGAUGCAAAGGUGUGAGAGAGAGGGAGCAGCGAGAUGAGUUUGGGAUUGAUACAGGGGUAUUGGAGAGAGAGGGGAAAGUGGCAUUUAGUUAUCAUUGAUAUAGAGAUGUGGGAGAGAGGGGGCAGGGGGAUUAGUUUUGGAUUGCUGCAGGGAUGUCAAAGAGAAGAGGCUUGUGGAUUUAAUUCAGGGAUGAUACAGUAAUGUGGGAAUGAAGGAGGAAGCAGGAUUAGUUUGGGAUGCUUGUAGAACAAAGCCAGCAUAGUCAUAGAACAUAACGGCACAGUGCAGGCCCUUUGGCCCACGAAGUUGCGCCGACCUUUUAACCUACUCUAAGAUCAACCUAACCAUUCCCUCCCACAUACCCCUCCAGUUUUCUAUCAUCCAUGUGCCUAUCUCGCUUAAAUGUCCUUAAGGUAUCUGCCUCUACCAGCACCCCUGGCAGCGUGUUCCACGCACCCACAACUCUGUAAAAAACUUAGCCCUGACCUCCCCCUGUACUUUCCUCCAAUCACCUUAAAAUUAUGCCCCCUUGUGUUAGUAAUUUCUGCUCUGGGAAAAAGUCUCUGACUGUCCACUUAAUCUACGCCUCGUAUCAUCUUGUGCACCUCUAUCAGGUCACCUCUCAUCCUCCUUCGCUCCAAAGAGAGAAGCCCUAGCUCACUCAACCUAUCCUCAUAAGACAUGCUCUCCAAUCCCGGUAGUAUCCUGGUAAAUCUCCUCUGCACCCUUUCUAAGGCUUCCACAUCCUUCCUACAGUGAGGCGACCAGAACUGAACACAGUAUUCAAAGUGUGGUCUAACCAGGGUUUUACAGAGCUGCAACAUUACCAUCAUGAUGGGCCAAAUGGUGCCUUCAGAGCUGGAAAUGUUCCUGCUUCUGUAUCAGUGCCGUGGAAAGCCAAGGGCUAACUCAAAGUUUUUGCAUUUAUUUAUAUGCAGUCAUCAGAGUCAGGAACAAAUCCCAGGAUCCUGAUUCGUAACUUAUCCAAACUUGGGUAUUGCCAAUAAAAACAGCUCCUCCCAAACCUUCAUCCCAUGAACUUCAAACAAGCCAAAAAAUGAGAAUUCAAAACAUAGACACGAUUGGAUUAUCUGGGCAGUGGGGGUCAGCAAGGCAGAGCUCAGGAUGCUUGUAUCUGGUCCCAGGGUUACAGGCUGGAUAUAUCUGCCACAGAUGGUCAGUAAUUCUGUCACAGGUGGGCUACGAACUUGGGAAACAGAAUUCAGUGUCUAAAAGUAGCUGGUGUGUGUGAUGUGCAGGGAUUAGGAUAACAGGAUUCCAGUGUGUGUGUUGUGUGUGUACAUUGUUUUCAUUACUAGAUUAAGGAUUUCCUCUGUUGCAUUUGCUCAUUUUGCAAUCCCUUAGGUAUGAGAGAAAAAUGUUAAAGUCUGAAGUUAGACUGACAUCUCUUUCUACUUAAAAGUAGCAAAUACAAAGAAAGAAGCAACAAUAUUAAUCAAAGGAUGUUAAACCAUGGGUUUAAACCACAUACAUAUUAACUAUUGAUGUUAAUCCAAAGGUAUUAACAAACAAAUAUUAACUAAUAAAUGUUAAUCAAAGGGUAUUAAUCAAUGUAAGUAAAAUAAUGGAUCUUAGCUAGUAUUUUAUUCAAUCCUGGGAUGUGGCAAAGUUGACAAAGCCGUCACGUAUUGCACAUCUCUCAGUGCUCUCAGGAAAGUGCUGGUGAGUCAUCUAGAACAGCUGAAAUUCUUCACAUGAAGAUCCUCUGACUAACAAUUGUUAAUCGAAAGUUAUUAACUAAUGGCUGUUAACGACUAGAUAUAAUAUCUCAGUUACUAAUUCUACCCCUGAUUUGGGGCAAACUCAGAUGAGUAUAAACAAGCCUGAUCCUCUAACAGCCUAAUGUACUAAUUGGAUUGCAAAGUCUAGCUCUGAUUACAGUUAUGAGAUUUAUAUUCUGCAUCAGUUCUUUGUCUAUUGCCAUGCACUAAUUGCUUACAUUUACAAUAUUUUGUUUUAAACAGCAAUAACAUUAAGUAUUAGCUCAUUGGUCCUCUAUGUGCUUGUCCCAGAAUCUUCACUCCCCUACCUCCCUGGUGCACCCCUCUCCCACUUUUCAUUCCCUGCUUCUAGUAGACAGUACUUAUAGCGAAUGGAGUCUUAGGGCAGUGAAAGGUUCUCAGGUUAACUUUGACGACAUUUGUAACUGGCAUUGAAGAAGUUCGGCUCCAUGCUGCCUAUUGCAUUGUAUUAUUCAAACCAAGGGACUAAUAAACAAAUG